AUGGUGAGUGUGUUAUCUUUAUUUUUGCUAAUAAUUGAGCAAUCGCCUCUUGUAGUGUCAUCGCAACUAAUCCAAGGGCAUGUAGUAGGUGUUCCCAGGGAGAGACAGCAUUUGUAUGACUCAAAUGAACCAGAUUUGACCAAGUGGCACUGUCUGAACCACGAAGAUAUUGUACUGGAUUUAAGCCAGAUCAAUGAUGGGGUUUGUGAUUGUCCUGAUGGUUCAGAUGAGCCCGGCACAGCCGCCUGCGAGGAAGAUAUAUUUAAAAGCGUUGCAGAACGAACGGGAAAAGUAAAUAAGUACUUUUAUUGUGAUAACAAGGACUUUAUUCCGAGAUAUGUACGAAAGUCGGAAGUCGCAGAUGGUAUUUGUGAUUGCUGUGACUGUUCUGAUGAACUACUUUCUGAAUAUAAGCUCUUUGAUGUCGGAUCUAACUGUUCUCAAUUAAAAAAUGAAUUUGAUAUUAUGGCCUCUACAGAGCUGUUAAGCUAUCGGGAAGGUAAAAAGGCUCUGGAUGCGCUAGAAAAAAAAUAUGGUAUAAAGGAAGAUGGCAUGGCCCACAAUAGUUGCAUAAAUGAAGAUAGGGAAAAGGUUUCUAACGAGAUAAAAGUACUCUCCGACAGGCUUGCAAAAGAUCGAAUCAAAGUAGAACAAUCGAGGGGCGAUUACUUCAAUCAAUUAACCCAGGACCCCAUUUUGUAUCGGUUCGAACAAUUGAAUAGUGCUCGUUUGGGGUCGGACAUUCUGGCUUCGUUCACCAUGGUCUCAAGAGUGAGUAAAGGUUAUCAGGAUAUACUCAGGAUUUUAAGCGAUUUAUCAGAGGCCUACACACCCUCCCUGAAUGAUAAAGUUGUCAAUGAUAAUAUUAAAAAAUUCAGAAAAGUUAGGAGACGGGCUGAAAAGGCCAAAAUUACUGCCGAUAGCAAAAUUGAUGGCGACCAGGCAGAAAAUCUCUUUUCAUACUUUACGGAAGAAGUACCUCAAAUCUUUUUGAAAAGAGAAUCUGAGUACUCGUUAAGGUAUGUUAUAGGCAAAUCUAAUUUUGUUCAAGCGCUAGUGGAGGGUAAAAUUAACUAUACCAAUGAUAUCCUAGAAUACAUUAAAGAAUUUCGAUCGAUUAUGGAUGAUAUCUCCCAGAAUUACAAUGUCAACUUUCAAGAUGCAGGGGUCAAAAGUGCUGCCGAUUCGUAUAACAAUUAUUUGGGUGAAUACGGCGAGCGGAUUGAAUUAGGACCAAUCCAUCCGUCAGAGAGCCUUUUGGAAUCGUUGAACGCAGUAACAACGUUUGUUAAUGAAAAUGCGCCAAAGGUAUUGCCACCAGACGCCAGUGAACCGGAACAAGAUACGAACGAUUAUCUUAUUGGUACUUUUGAAGGUCUGCGUAAUAAGCUUAAAGAGAUUCUAUCUAAACUAAACUUGUUUUCAUCUAGGAGAGACUUGGUCUCAUUAGAAAAGAGAUUUCGCUCUUAUGAAAGUCAAGUCAAUCUCCUGGAGAAUGAAUUAAAGCUUAAGAUGGCCUAUAAGAAAAUAUUAGAUGAUACUCAAAAUGAAGGAAAUGGCACUACUGCAGGAAAUUUGCCUGAGCUUUUAGAACGAAUGGGAUCUCAAUCUUACUGUCUCGAAGACAUACUGGAUAACUAUUCGUACGCUAUAUGCUUCGAACAUCCAAUGGUUGAAGGUGCUAUAUAUCAAUCUGAAGAUAAGGUCGGCGGCAAAAAAGUUUUGAUCGGCCAUUUUAAAACAUCAGGUUUUAAUGUAGACUUAAACAUGGAAAAAUACGUAGAACAUUUAAAGGCCAUGUAUGAUGAGAAGAGCGAUUUGAUCUCAAACUUAGCAGCUAUACAAGAAGAUGAUGACAAGACGCAACGCUACAUAUUCGGGAACUUAAACGAACUGAAUAGUGGUCUGGUAUUAGAAUACGAAGAUGGAGACCAGUGCUGGAAUGGUCCGCGUAGAUCGGCUACGGUAUUUGUUCGCUGCAGUGACACGUUCAAAAUUCGGAGUGUACAUGAAGUGACUAAGUGCAGCUACAUUUUUGAUGUCACUGGACCUCUGGGCUGCAACAAGACUUUCGAAUACGAGCCCCCUAAGUUCAACUUAGUUGAGUAA